AAAACUGGACUUUAAGAGCUUUUUAUAUAUUUUUUUGCUAGAAAAAGACUCAAAAAAUCUAAUCGCAGUGUAUCUUUACUCACGGGAUGGAUGGGACACUGAACAAUCGCUGCCUGGAGAAAGUGUGCAGCUACAGCUCGUCAACACUGGCGUGACGGAUAGCAGACUGAGGAGCGGCUUAACGACACGGUUAAACCGGUGCCGUUAUUCUGUUCUUUCCAAGUAAAGGCAACAGGGGAACACAUUUGACUUCCCGAACAUGCAGACACAAAGCUGAUCACAGCUACAUUUGUUAACAGCAGGGAUGAAGAUGCUUCAGCUGGUUACGAUUCUACUCACGCUGUCCGGUGUUCUCACUCAGGUCAGUAAAUGGGGUGUGAAAUAUCCGGAUAAUCCGAUCUGUGCUGUGAGAGGAUUCAGUGUCUCCAUUCCCUGUAGUUAUUAUUAUCCAACAUCAAAUCCCAAUAUUCAGGUGAUACGAAUGCUUUGGUGCUCAAUGAACUCAAACACAGAAAGCUGUAUAAACCCCCCGUAUGUUUAUAACAGUGCAUUAAACACCACAUCAGACUUUGAGUACGCUGGAGACAACAAAUCAAACUGCACUUUGUUAAUCCACAAUGUACAGUUCAGUUAUUCUGGAGAGUACAGAUUCAGAUUUAUAACUGAUGUGCCCGGUGGAAGAUGGACAGGUGUACCUGGAGCGAUUCUACAAGUUGCAGAUUUAAAGGUGUCACUAAUCAGGCUCAGUGGAAACGGAACCCUUAAACAAGGAGACUCGUUAAAUCUGACGUGUGAUGUGAACUGCACACAAAGUUCCUCACAGUUUGUGUGGUCUAAGAACAACGAGCGCUUACCUGAAUCAGGACCCGUUCUUCACUUUCCUGCUGUAACCGUGAGGGAUUCUGGGAGUUACACCUGCACUUGGAAAACCAACAUGACGUCAGGAUCUAAAACGAUCAGCCUUCUCGUCGAGGGUGGUUGGGGUGUGAAUUAUACCACGCCGAUCUGUGCUGUGAGAGGAUUCAGUGUCUCCGUUCCCUGUAGUUAUUCUUAUCCACAGCAAAAAUAUCAAGUGACACAAAAGCUGUGGUGCUCAAUGAACUCAAACACAGAAAGGUGUAUAGCCCCCCCGUAUGUUUAUAACAGCUCAUCAAUCACCAAGUCAGACUUUGAGUACGCUGGAGACAACAAAUCAGACUGCACUUUGUUAAUCCACAAUGUACAGUUCAAUUAUUCUGGAGAGUACAAAUUCAGAUUUAUAACUAAUGUGAGCGGUGACAUGUGGACAGGUGUACCUGGAGCGACUCUACAAGUUGCAGAUUUAAAGGUGUCACUAAUCAGGCUCAGUGGAAACGGAACCCUUAAACAAGGAGACUCGUUAAAUCUGACGUGUGAUGUGAACUGCACACAAAGUUCCUCACAGUUUGUGUGGUCUAAGAACAACAUACAGUUAAAUACAUCAGGACCCGUUCUUCACUUUCCUGCUGUAACCGUGAGGGAUUCUGGGAAUUACACCUGCACUUGGAAAACCAACAUGACGUCAGGAUCUGAAAUGAUCAGCCUUCUCGUCGAGGGUGGUUGGGGUGUGAAUUAUACCACGCCGAUCUGUGCUGUGAGAGGAUUCAGUGUCUCCGUUCCCUGUAGUUAUUCUUAUCCACAGCAAAAAUAUCAAGUGACACAAAAGCUGUGGUGCUCAAUGAACUCAAACACAGAAAGGUGUAUAGCCCCCCCGUAUGUUUAUAACAGCUCAUCAAUCACCAAGUCAGACUUUGAGUACGCUGGAGACAACAAAUCAGACUGCACUUUGUUAAUCCACAAUGUACAGUUCAGUUAUUCUGGAGAGUACAAAUUCAGAUUUAUAACUAAUGUGAGCGGUGACAUGUGGACAGGUGUACCUGGACAGGUUCUACAAGUUGCAGAUUUAAAGGUGUCACUAAUCAGGCUCAGUGGAAACGGAACCCUUAAACAAGGAGACUCGUUAAAUCUGACGUGUGAUGUGAACUGCACACAAAGUUCCUCACAGUUUGUGUGGUCUAAGAACAACGAGCGCUUAAAUACAUCAGGACCCGUUCUUCACUUUCCUGCUGUAACCGUGAGGGAUUCUGGGAAUUACACCUGCACUUGGAAAACCAGCAUGACGUCAGGAUCUGAAACGAUCAGCCUUCUCGUCGAGGGUGAAAAUCCUGAUCAUCUGCCAAACUGGAUCAUUGCUGUGGUGACAUCUGGAGUGAUUUUCAUCAUCUUAGUCCUCUUAGGAGCUGCGAUUUGGAACAGAAGGAGGAAACCCGACGCUCCGGAAGACAACAGCAGAAACGCUGGAGAGCAAGCACAGGUAAAGCAGCUUCCUCUGCCCAAUGAAGAAGUGCCACAGCAGGGGGAAGUGAUUUAUGCAUCUGUGUGUAUCAAAGUCAACAAUCUGACCAAUGGGCGUGUCCACACUGAGCAGAAGAACGAGGACAUAUCUGUUAUCUACAGUACUGUGACAAUAAAAUGAUCACGUCUUUGACAUCAUAUCUUGAGGCGCUUAUUUUACUCAGGCAGCUUAAAAGGAAAAAAAAAAGCGUGUGACUAUGCAACCUGGCGCGCUACUAGAAGCUGGAUUCAGAGUGCACAGUGGUGACACCUGCUGGUAAAGAGGAUGUUUUACACACACUCCUGCUGCCCAAUGUGAUGUGAUCCUGACACAGUCCUUCUUCUGGAGCAAUCCUAAAUGCUCUACUCCUGCUUCUUCAUCUUAGAGCUUUCUACACGUCCACCUCACCUUCCUGCUGCAGUAGAUAAUCUCAUCUGGACACUACAGAUUUGAACUUCCUAUGACCUGCAGCUGUAAUUAUAAAGACUGUUUGUAAUGUUGGAGAUGACAUUAGUCAAGAGCUUUGAUAAUAUAUUACAUUUGCAUUUUCUUCUUUGUUUGUCUUAAACUGUAGUAAUAAACAUAUCAAAAAUCUACA